AUGAAAUUAACAAAAGCAUUAUAUUUUAUUGCCUUUUUAUUGGCCAUAAACGUAUUCGUCCCAGGAUCUAAUAAUUAUGUUGAAGCUAAACCAAAUCCAAAAGGCGGUAACUCCCUUGCUAACAAAAUUAAAAAUAACAAAGCUGCACUUAUAUCUACAAUACUCGCAACAUUAGCAUUAGCAGCAGCUGGUACAACUUUUGGUGUAAUGCAUUUAAAAAAUAAAGGAAACUCUAAACCAAAACCCAAAGUAUCGGAAACUAAAUCAACACCCUUAGCUGGCCCAGCCAAAAGCGUAGCCGCAGGACCAGAUAAAAAUAGGCCAUCAUCACCAAGUAAUUAUCCUCAAAGAGCAUAUUCACCAGCAGCACACUAA